UGGAAUUUCCGUUCAAAAUUCAAAAGUCGGGUAGAAAGUAAUCACAAUUUGUAUAUUUCUAUUAAGAAAUAUGAUCAUAAAAUCAUGGAUAUAGUUUUUGAUGCUGAUUGUAGGUAAAGUUCGGUACGGUGUUAUGAGUUCUCAGAAAAAAGAAUAUCUUACCUAUCUGCUUCGUUUUCUAAAUGUGUGGGUGAAGAACAAGCUGAUGAUGUGGCACUUCUGUGAGAUCUGUCUAUCACUGGAAAAAAUGAAUGUGUUAGGCUACUAGUGUUUGAAUAAAAAAUGUCUGCAUCAACGUCUCAGUCCUACCAGUACUGCGGAAUAGCCAUCUAAACUCAAAAUGAUUGAAGUUAUAACAGGAUUUUCAAAUUGUGAAAGCUAUUAGGCAACA